AUGGCAAACACGGGUCUUGGUGUGCCAGUUAAGCUACUCCACGAGUCCUUGGGACACAUCGUUACCGUGGAACUCAAGACAGGUCAACUUUAUCGUGGAAAACUCGCUGAAGCCGAAGAUAACUUGAACAUCUCGCUCAGAGAUAUAACAGUAACAGGACGAGAUGGUCGUGUAUCGCAACUAGAUCAGGUGUAUAUCAGGGGAAGUAUGGUCAGAUUCUUCAUUGUACCGGAUAUGCUGCAGAAUGCCCCCAUGUUCAAGCGAGUUGGUCCCAACGCCAUGCGCGGAAGAGGUAUUGGUACUGCCCGUGGUCGCGCAACUAUCAUGAGAGCUCGUCGGGGACGUGGCGUUCCCGCCCCAAGAGGCAUCAGGAGGUGA